UGUUUCUAAGAGCUCUAGGAUAUGGAGUGAAAGAUGUUUUGUAACCUCGUAUUCUGAUUCCCUUGGGCACGAACCAGCCGACUAUAGACACUUCGACUCACCCAAAACUCUUCAACAAAGAAGGUUUAAUUUCAACUGCACAUCACGGCUCAGUCUUCACGAAGAAUCCUACGAAAUACACUCAGUUAGAAUUCCAAUCCACGAAUUGACCAGCCAUGUUUCAUUUGCCUCAACUUUGCUUCGUAUAUGGACUUCUUAUGAUCCAAGAAUGUUACGGAAGCAGAUACGAACGAGCACUGCUUAAAAAACUCUUAGAGAACUACGACAAACAAGAAAGGCCCGUCAUCAAUGAUAAUGACACCGUUAAUGUUGUAUUUGGUAUGACUUUGAAUCAGAUUAUUGAUGUGGACGAGAAGAAUCAAAUAUUGACUGCAAGUGCCUGGGUCAGGCAGACCUGGUAUAAUCCCUAUUUAUCCUGGAACCUAACAAAGUAUGGAGGUUUAAGAACUAUCAACAUUGACCCCAAGGUCAUCUGGUUACCUGAUAUCGUACUCUAUGAUAAUGCUGAUGACGACCUGUCCUUUAGCGGUAACCUCGACCGGCUCAAUACUCGGGUAGUUCUACAUUACACUGGCCGUAACCAAUGGCUGGCACCGGUAACAUUCAAGAGCAACUGUCCAAUCAACGUCAAGGAUUUUCCCUUUGAUACACAGUAUUGUAACAUGAAGUUUGGAUCGUGGACCUACGAUGGCUUCCGCUUGAAUGUUAUGAACGAAAGUAAAGAAGCCGAUCUGGGGAAAUACAUGCCAAGCGCUGAAUGGCACCUUGUCUCAGUCCCAGCAAAAAGGAACGUUAUAAAAUAUUUCUGCUGUGAAGAGCCUUACCCUGAUGUCACCUUCACCUUCAUCCUCCAAAGACGAUCGUUAUUCUACAUGAUGAACCUAAUAUUACCGCUGGUCACAAUUACUAUACUGGUGAACGUAUCGUUUGUUUUACCGGCUGAAUCAGGUGAGCGAAUCUCUCUUUCCAUAACGAUCCUUCUAGCCAUGACGGUGUUCAUGUUGGUAGUGGCCGAGACAAUCCCACCUACGUCAGACGCCGUUCCUCUUAUCGCGAAGUUCUACAUGGCGGGAAUGAUAGAAAUGGCCAUUGCUCUCAUAUGGACUUGUUACAUCUUGAAGUACUAUCAUUCAGACUGCAUGGAGAUGCCGAGUUGGGUACGAAAGUACAUACUCGGGUAUCUUGGCAACUUCUUCGGAAUUCGCAUGGAAAACCUUAAGCGUUUCUCUGAGCAUUCUAAUUUACGGAAAGACGGUUUCCAAGUGAAGGAAGAAAUAACAUUCCACUCUGAAUCCCCUUCGAAAAAUUUCCGAAAGCACAAACAAAACAAACUGCUUAAACCCGAAGACCAUAUCGAGAGUAACGACCCCUUCGAACACUCCCGCGACAGUUUUAAGAGAAAUGGCUACGUAUCGACUUCCCUUCGACCUCUUUCGAGUGGGAAUCUAGAAGGCAUGUCCGACGAUUCCCCAAACAAACCAAUCUUCGAUCUUGGUGAAAAGAUCUUAGAGAAAGUUGAGACAUUGGUGGAGAACUCUGUGGUUGACGACAGGGUUAAUAUCCAUAAGGAAGAAUGGAGGAUUGCAGCUAUGGUGAUGGAUAAGGUAUCAUUGUGGGUAUUCAGUUUGACGGUGCUGAUCACUAUACUAAGCUGCUUUCUGCAGGCACCAGCGUACGUUGCUUGAAAGAGAGCAAAGCCAGAUGCUUCUGCUAUCAAUUAUGGCACACGUCACUCAAUUUUGGUAUACCAUCCAAGCAAAUUUACCUGGAGUGUGAUAGGGUUUUCGAGAAGAUCAACUCAUCCCCAACAUAAUAUUUGUAUGUACUAAGACUACUUAGUGACGGCAAGGAAAUAGGCUAUUAGAUGUCUGGUAAAGAGUUUGAAUAUUUAGAUUUCUUACUCAGCCUGACUCAAAUUGUGUGCUUAAAAAUCGCACCAAAUAAAUAAGUGUAGAGUGUUUUCUUUUGGUGCGCUGAUUUUUUUUAGAGAACCAAAGUUUGGCUCACACACGAAGAGCGUUCUCAUGCAAUCAAUAGAGUCGAAAUUUUCCUCAAUGUAUAUG